AUGAUCACAUGCAGCGGUGAACGGACAAAACUCACACUUCAGUGUUUGACACAUAUCAUUUCAAAACCUCCCUGCUCCCCAGACGAAGAAGUGGACUACCAGUUGAUUGACUUCUACGAAGAAACAAAAGUGAAGUUUGCUGAUCUUUCGGAAAAUAUGCUGUGGGAGUACAUCAAUAGCGGUGAACCCAUGGACAAGGCUGGAGGCUACGGUAUUCAGGCUCUCGGUGGGAUGUUUGUAGAGUACGUUCAUGGAGACUUCCUCAAUGUUGUGGGUUUCCCCCUCAACCACUUCUGCAAGCAGUUGGACCUUAUUUACAACUCCUCUACUUCCUCCUCGGACCAAGAAAAUUCAACAGUCUGGCUGAGCCACAACGGCAAUCACGCUAUCUCGAAUCUCACUCAGCCUUCAUCUGCCAACCAUACACACCACAUCCAGAGCAGCCCGUCAGCCAGUCCUGUGCAUAAGGUGAAGAGGAAAAGCAGUGAAACUGAAUUGAAUGAGAGUUCCAUGACGUUGGUCAACCGCCUGUCCAAACAUACCGGUGACAAAGAUUCUGCGAAUACAACAUUACCACUGAUGACCAGCAGAGGGCAGGUAAAGGAGCUCAAUGUGACGGAGCCUGAGGACGGUGAACCAAAAAAAGAAGACUUGCAGCGAAUCUGUGAUUUAUUGGAUGGAUUUAGAGCCUCAAAGGCACUGUUUACGGCAUCCAAGAUGUGUGUGUUUGACGUGCUGCACAGCAGGCCGGGGGGGCUGGAGGCAGCACAGGUGGCCCAGGAGAUCAAAGCCUCCCUGAAGGGCACUGAAUGCCUGCUGGAGGCAUGUGUGUCUCUGGGUCUGCUGAGGAGCAAAGAGAGAAUGUACGAGAACACGGAUCUGUCCACUCGCUUUUUGCUGUCGGAUGCUCCUUUUUCGCUGCGGAGCCAAAUUCUGCAUUAUAACGACACAGUGUGGCCUAUUUUCUCCCACCUUGAGAGUGGCGUACUGGAGGGAGUCAGCCAGCGUGACAAGGCUUUAAGCCAGACAUCCAAGGACCAGGACACUCUCCGCAGCAGCCAAGACAGCAAACUGAGAUUCAUGAAUGCCAUGCACAACAUUGCUAAAGUUACAGGGAAAGCUAUAGCAACAGCCUUUGACCUCUCAAGUUUUAGAACUGCCUGCGACCUUGGAGGAUGCACUGGGGCCAUGGCCGACGAGUUCACUAAAGCCCAUCCUGGAUUGUCUGUGACAGUUUUUGACUUGCCAACAGUUGUUCAGCUGAGGGAACAUUUCCAACCUCUGCACACAGACAACAGGGUGUCAUUUGUAGCAGGAGACUUCUUUAAAGAUGAUUUGCCGAAAGCAGACUUGUACAUCCUGGCAAGAAUUCUCCACGACUGCUCCGAUGAGAAACUGGAUAUUCUGCUGAGCAAAAUCGCGGAUGCUUGCACACCAGGCUGCGGGCUCCUGCUGAGUGAGAUCUUCCUGGAUGAAGACAGAAAGGGCCCUAGUCGCGGGCUGCUCCAGGCCCUCGGCAUGGGCGAGGGGAAACAGAGGAGCGCCACCGAAUACAGUCUGCUUUUGAAGAGCCACGGCUUCAUGACGGCACAUGUCAGAUAUACAGGAAACCUCCUGGAUGCUAUGCUCUGCAUCAAAGCGUGACGGACCAAAUAUCAGUUAAUUAUUUAGGUAUUGGACCAUAACAGAGAUAUGUUUUAUAAAUCAUUUUCUUGUGCUCUAAGGUCCGUAAUUAUAAUUUUUUUGGACCUUAGGGACAGAUAACCAGUACUCAGACUCUCUGUAAACUCUGAUUUGGGGACAGGCAAGUUGUUCACUCUACUAUGUACUUCCUUGAUGAUUUUAUGGGAUUCAAAUUUAGCAUUUGAAUAAUGCACACUAAUGAUCAUGUUUUUCAUUGUUUAGUUUUUCACAAAUGAUAAGAGCCUUUGUAAAGGUAGGAGUAAAAUAGAUAAUGCAAAGCAUUACCAGGAAAAUGUAACUAAUCACCAAAAUGAAAAGUAUUCAUAAUGCAAGAUAACCACUUUCAGAUUGUUUAAAUGAUUAAAUAGUACAAGUACUUAUUCAUAAGGGUUUAAUUUGAAUAAUUGUAUAUAAUGAAGGGUAGUUCAUUUAUUAUUUAUGUUGAUUAUAUAGUAUUGUCUUUUUAUUGUUGCCUGUACUUUUUACAGCUAAACAUAAAAGUAUCUUUCUGUAAACUCUGUGUAGAUUCCUCAUUCCAAAAACAUUCACACUGUGGUCCGCUGGAUGACGAAUGUGGCUAGAGAGUUCAUCCUGCCUCUUAAAAACUCUGAAGUGUCAUAUUAUGAUGAUGUAAUAUGGAGGCAAUGAGAGUUACGGAAGAAAUAACAAAAAUGUAAGCAGCAUUAACGCCUAAGUAGGAUGGCAUUUGUACAGAUUAUGCGUCUCCCCUGUGGACAUGACUUCAUGUUUACAUCAACUUUAUAGGAGGCAGAUUUCCAGUGAUUACCAACCCAAGCCUUCUUCAAUGGAGUCACGUCAGACCAUUCUCUGAAGUACAUGUGCAGCAUUCAUCUUGCUCUUGUAUGCACUAUUUAAACACAGUGUACAUUAUUGCCACAUUUGGUCUGUUUGAUCAUAAUUGCCCUUUUUUGCAAAGAAUGAUCAAACUCCGACCACCUAUUCUCUGACGCUAAUCUUCCCCAAAUUAAAGCUGCAGAGAAAAUACUUUGCUUGUCACAUCUUAACUUACACAGCUAAGUGAUAUUUGAUACUUUUAAAAGAAACCCAAAUAUUUAUUUUGCAGUUAAAAGAAAUGGACAGUGCUGUAAAACCUUGCUCUGUCAGUAAAUCUCCUCAAGAUGGCAGCGCAAACCUGCAGAUCUCUCCAGCAAAGAGUUACAGUUUAAUUAUUUCCAGUGAAUGUGUAUGGAGAUAGUUUGCACAUUAAGUGAAAGUACGCUUUCAAAAUUAACUUAAUGUUUCCAAGCUAUGGAAUUAAUGUGUGCAUAGAAACAUAUUUCAGCAUGCCUUAAUUCCUCACCGAUAUACUGCAUGUGUUUUAAAGCAGCCAAACAGCUGAUGGGAGUGUGGGAAUAUAUCUGGCCAGAAGAAAUAAAUCUUAUUCUUUGUGACACAGAAAGUGUAUCCGGACUACUUUUCAUUUUGGAUCCCUCUCUUCAGUAUUUUCUUAGAAGGGUAAUAAGGGUGGUCAUGUUAUUCAUGGCUAUUUUCUUGUCAGUCUGGGCUCAUGCUCUUUGUGACAUCUAAUUGAUUGCCAUUACUCAGAUUUUCUUCUUUUGAUGAGGAGAGACAGGGGGAGGGUGGACCUAAGUUCAAAUAUGACAGUGUAAAUCACAUACGGUUUAUUUUAUUCUUUACACACAUUGAAUGCAUCAAAACAUAAUAUAUUGCAAUACUUUCCUGCCACAAUGAUUGUGAAAGUUUGUAUUGAUUCAAUA